CUUAUGGAGAUAUCGGGAAGUUUGAUAAUCCGGAGCUGUACUGAUUACCUACCCCACGGAAAAUUUCCCCUCACUGUGGAAACUUUAUCGGCCUUUAUCGGGCAUAUUGAAAGAUAUAAUUCACUUCACGCAUUUCAAUGAGGCAUAAUGCGGACAUCUCCGAAUGUGAUAAUAACAGGCACGCCCGGCGUAGGCAAAACCGUCCAUUGCGAACAAUUGGCCGAGGAGACAGGUCUGCGGCAUCUUUCAAUCAACCAUGUCGCAAAAGAGCGAGACUGCUACGAGACAUAUGACCACGAAUUACAAACCUGGGUCGUGGAUGAGGACAAACUCCUGGACGCUAUUGAGGAUCAGGUGCUUCAGGGUGGCUAUCUAAUCGACUGGCAUGCAUGCGAUCUAUUCCCCAAGUCAUGGAUCGAUCUGGUCGUUGUAUUACGCUGCCCAUCUACGGCUGUUCAUUAUGAUCGUCUCGCAUCAAGGGGCUACAAUGAAACGAAGCUGCAGGAAAAUUUAGAUGCCGAGAUAUUUGGUGUUUUGCUUGACGAAGCUCGAGAAGCCUUCGACGAGGAAUUAGUGGUUGUAUUGAAUAGUGAGAGGGAUGAGGAUGUAGAGUCCAAUUGCGCAAGGAUUUCUAGCUGGGUACAAUCUUGGAAACAUGAUCGAGCUUGAGGUCUCGAUUAUCCCAAGGGAUACGGGGGAGGGGCGGCCGAAACCGACACCAAUUCGUAUCGUGAAAUCUGCAGGUCAUAUCAAGGACGUCUGUCGGCCAACCAAUCUUGCAAUUUGACCAGGGCUUUAUAUCUGUGUGAGAUACGGUUCUGCUCCAAUAUUAGUGGCUGAUCGAAGAAACUGAUGGGACAAUUUCAUGACCUUCUCUUCUUUGUCCAUUUCAGCGGCCCCUUGGUCUCACGAUAGCUCCCUUGCGUGAAUGCGUCAGCUUCUGACAGGGUAGGUGGAGUUGACACUCAAUCCUACC